CGACGGUUUACAAUACAGUAUCAAUGACACAAGUAGAUAAUAAACCAUCGAAACCACCAUGGAAGUGAUUUGUUUGCGCUGAAAAUACCAUGGAAUUAACUUUUUCAUGUUUUAUUACGAAUAAAACAAUUUAGAUAAAAUUUCGUCAGACGCCGGAGGAAUCUGGAGUCGUUGGGGGUAUUUUAUUCAUUCAUCAUGAAUGUUUCGAGGGAGUUUUGGCUUUUUGGAGUUUUAUUGGUGUUUUUAUGGCCGUGGAAGAUUGAUUCUGUGAGCGGAGUGUCGUGGAAACCACGGGAAGACAAGACAAAGUGCCCAAAAGUCAAGGGAUUAACCCAUUUCGAUAUUUCAGAAUUUGUGGGUUCGUGGAAGGUCAUUCAAUAUUACGCUAGCUCAGAAGAAGCUCUCGCAUACAAAUGCAUGAGAGCAGAAUUAUUUCUCUCCGAAGACAACGCGGAGAUAACAAUGAACUUCACGUACAGCUUCGUCGACGAUCCCAUUAAUGAAAAAGUCUUUGGGAAUAUAACGUGGAAAAUUCCUCAUUAUCACGAGUCACCGGCCCACUGGGUUCACGCGGAAUUCCCCUACGAAGGAGUCUAUAACACCUAUGUUUUGGCAACGGAUUAUAAUUCUUGGGCGUUACUAAUGCAUUGUGCAGAGAAGAAUAAGAGCCCGAGGUAUCUCUCCAGCUUCAUUAUGAGCCGCAAGAGACGACUUGGCCAAAAUGUUAUUUCUUAUCUGCGAGAGAAACUCCCAAGAUACGAUAUUGACCUCGAGUACAUGUUCCCAAUGGAACAGAGGGACUGCAAUCAUACAUCAGAGCGGCCGCACACAUUUGGAGCCCUUCCAAUGGUGGAAGCAGCGAGAAAUCGAUACGAGGCCAACGAAAAUGCAAAUUAAAAGAUAAAAGUGAUAUCAAGUAUUCUACUAAUUAAUAAAAUCAUCAGUACCAGGCAUAUAAUCUGUCAUAUUUCUGGGCUAGUUUUAUUAAUUCAAUUAACAACGUAUUAUAAUAAUCUUCAUUCUGCUCAUUUAUAAUUACAUAAUUAUAAUGAACUGUU